GCUUUGCUGUGCUCAGUGCAGGACGCAGGAAGACAGUCGCUCUCCAAGGUGCUGGAAGUCGGAGCGCUUCCUUCUCUGCUGAUGAUGAAUGCGACCUCUGCUGAAAAACUGAAAUUCAGAUAAUGCCUGACUUCAGUCCCGAAUGGUUUGAUUUUUUAUACUCUUUAACUUCUACUCACCCGAAUUUCCAUUUAUUGUCACGCAACCGCUGGAUGUAUACGCACGUAUGUGCAACUAGACUGGCUGCCGCUUUCUGAUGUUCACCUGCGUCGUUUGGAAAUAAAUUGAUUCCGGAUUCUCAAGGAACGAUGUAGAGGAUUUUUUUAUUUUACUGUUUUUUUCUCAGUCUCUCUCUCAAAAUACUGCAUGCCUUUGGACGUAAACUGUGAUAUUGUCUCAGAAAAAAAAAAGGUGAGUCCGAGGAGGAUAAUCAUGAAGCAGACCUACUUCUAUGUGGAUUUCAUUUUUCUCCGCACUGGAAAGGGGGAACCAUAUCAGCAAAAGGCUGAUGUUUAUUAGCUUUCAAAGCCACCAUCACGACCGAGAGGGAGGAUUAUAGUGUCUGCUGGAGUCUGGUGAAUUUACCCGCUGGAUAAAGUGAAGUUCCCAUUGUAGGCUAGACGACUGUAUAUCUUUAAUCUGCUAUAGAACUCGGUGUGUUGGACUCUCUGGAUACGCAAUAAGUGGAUAUCGAGCAGUUUUCAACGCGCCCUUUCGUCGUGUGAAGAUGACUAUGGUGAUGGUAAUUGAAGCGCAGGACGGAUCCGGAGAGGAUACCAGGACCUUAGGGAUGACAUACACACACUUUCGUUGAAUGUGGGUAUCGAUGCCGCGGCGAAGGAUGGGAAGGAUGGGCCCUCUCCUCCUCUCGGCCGCCUGCGUCCUUCUGCUUGCCCCGAGCGCCGUGCGCCCGGCCUCGGUGGGUAACCCCGAGGAUUACGCCGCGGACGAGGCUGAGCGGACGGCCAGUGAAAACAUCGUGUUCGAUGACUACCGGGGGAAAGGAUGCGUGGACGACAGUGGCUUCGUGUACAAACUCGGGGAGCGCUUCUACCCAGGACACUCGAACUGUCCGUGCGAGUGCACGGAGGACGGGCCCGUGUGCGACCAGCCCGAGUGCCCCAAACUGCACCCCAAGUGCACCAAAGUGGAGCACAAUGGGUGCUGCCCCGAGUGCAAGGAGGUUAAAAACUUUUGCGAGUACAGAGGGAAAACAUACAAAAUCCUGGAGGAAUUCAAGGGUUCCCCGUCAGAUGAGGAAGGGACCAGUCCCCCCAGCAUGGCCGCCGGCGUGCCUCAGGCCUCAGCGCAGCUGCAAUCAAGAGCCAGGAGUUAUAGGCCGUCACCCUGUGAAUGGUGCCGCUGCGAACCAAAUAAUGAGGUGCACUGCGUGGUGUCCGACUGCGCCGUCCCAGAGUGUGUGAACCCCGUGUACGAGCCGGAGCAAUGCUGCCCCAUCUGUAAAAACGGUCCAAAUUGCUUCGCUGGAACGACGAUCAUCCCAGCUGGAAUUGAAGUGAAGGUGGACGACUGCACCAUAUGCCGCUGCCACAACGGGGACUGGUGGAAGCCGGCGCAGUGCUUGCGGCGGGAAUGCCUCAACGGCCAGUCGUUGUCAUAGAGAGACUCCACCCGGGACGGUGGGAAAGCUCAGGCAAGGCCCUGCCUACUGCACCAUUUUGUAUGAUUGACAGGGCAGGAGCACAAUUCCUAAGUAACCUGAGACAGCAUAGUAUCGAGGAGAUGUUCUCACAAGCGUCACACAAAUACAACAUUUUUGCCACUGGGAAGAAGACAGAACUUGUCUCGUGGCUGUUUCCACCCUCCAGUUUCACCAUCCUAUGUAUUUUCAGAAACUGACUUGGCUUGAUUUGCUGCUCUCACACACAACAACAAAAAAAGUUUCUAAGCUCUUUGAACUCUUUUCCUAAACCAUCUGCAAUGAUGUAUUGCAUAAUGUUGAUUUCUGUAUGUACGUCAUCUGCUUGUUGUACUUGUCUUUCACAAUCAUGCAGGUGUUGUAAAGUUUCAACAGCAGGAAAAAACAAACUGUAAGCACACUUAGUGGCGCUUUUUUUUGUUUGUUUGUUCAUAA